CAGUUGCUUUCACUGGUUAAUUUCUGAAGUAAACAAAUUCAGAGGAUGAGUGAACUGGAACAGUUGAGGCAGGAAGCUGAACAACUGCGAAAUCAGAUCCAGGAUGCAAGGAAAGCAUGUAAUGAUACAACACUCGUUACGAUCACAUCAAAUGUGGACUCAGUGGGUCGGAUACAAAUGCGAACAAGACGUACCCUGAGGGGUCACCUAGCUAAAAUUUAUGCUAUGCAUUGGGGCUAUGAUUCAAGGCUGCUAGUCAGUGCUUCCCAAGAUGGAAAAUUAAUUAUUUGGGAUAGCUAUACAACAAAUAAGAUCCAUGCGAUUCCUCUGAGAUCUUCCUGGGUGAUGACUUGUGCUUAUGCUCCUUCUGGUAAUUAUGUUGCUUGUGGAGGAUUGGACAAUAUCUGCUCUAUAUACAACUUAAAAACCAGAGAGGGAAACGUGAGAGUGAGCCGAGAAUUACCAGGUCACACAGGCUACUUGUCCUGCUGCCGUUUUUUAGAUGACAGCCAAAUCAUAACAAGUUCUGGAGACACAACUUGUGCUUUAUGGGACAUUGAAACUGCCCAGCAGACGACCACGUUCACCGGGCAUUCUGGAGAUGUGAUGAGUCUCUCUCUCAGUCCUGACAUGAGGACUUUUGUUUCUGGUGCUUGUGAUGCCUCUUCCAAACUGUGGGAUAUUCGAGAUGGAAUGUGUAGACAGUCUUUCAUUGGACAUUUGUCAGAUAUUAAUGCUGUCAGUUUUUUUCCAAAUGGAUAUGCCUUUGCCACUGGCUCUGAUGAUGCCACUUGCCGGCUUUUUGACCUUCGUGCAGACCAAGAGUUACUAUCUUAUUCUCAUGACAGUAUCAUGUGUGGAAUUACUUCUGUAUCCUUCUCAAAAAGUGGGCGCCUCCUGUUAGCUGGUUAUGAUGACUUCAACUGUAAUGUGUGGGACACGCUAAAAGGAGAUCGUGCAGGCGUCCUUGCUGGUCAUGACAACCGUGUCAGCUGUCUAGGUGUAACUGAUGAUGGCAUGGCUGUGGCAACAGGCUCAUGGGACAGUUUUCUUAGGAUCUGGAAUUAGCAGCGGUGUACAUAUUUUCUGUUCUCCAUUGAUACUUGGAGAAAUCAAUGCUACAGCCUAUAGCUGUGAAAACAAAUUCUACCUUAUAUUUGCAGGUGAAGAUUUUUCUCUUGAGAUUAUUAUAUACAAAAAGAAGCUUUUAGUAAUCUA